AACAGAUGUGUAUUAAACGUCAAACAAACAAGCAAGCUUUGCGAUCACACGGUUCGUGAUUUUUCCAUUAAUUUUCGGUAUAUAUUUAAUGGAAUAUUAACGGUACUUUCGUGCUCGUGUUUACCGUAAAAUACUGCAAAAGUUCUCGACAAUAUUAUAUCACUGGAGCCAAUGUAAAAUAUCAAGAAGAAAUGUGAAAAAAUGUGAUGGAUAUCGAAGCAUAACAUUUGUGUUGUUGGUGGGAUAGCAAGCAGAGAAAAACGCACACAUAGCACACUUCACGCACGCCAUUUACCAAGUGGGUGUUUAGUUGUUGUUGUUGUUGUUGCUGCUGCUCUUGUGUUAUCAUCUUGUGUUGUAUUUCCUUUUAUUUAUUUUAUUCUUUUUCAAACAAAAAUAUCUUGGCGUUUUUUUUUUUUUCAUUGAAAAAAUGAAUGACAACAGAGCUCUGUGCAUGUGAAGUGAAUGGAUGUCAUAAUGUAUUGAGUGGAAAGAUUAUAACAUCAUAUCAUAUUAUGAAAGUUGUAUCAUAGCAGCAAUAUGAUAAAAUUCAAUGAACGUGAGUGGGCAUUGUUCCGUCGCUUACAAAGGAAACACAAAGUGUCCACCGAAUUUCUACGCUAUAAUCUGGCCAAUAUUCAAAAAAUCAUAUGGUACCAGACAUGGCCGCGAACAGUUAUAAAACGAUUUGCUGUUCGGAAAAGAAAUCGAGUAUUUUUGCAUUAUUACCGUUUGCGUAGGGUGCUAUUCGAUCAGGCGAAUCGAAAAAUCAUAAAGCGUAUGAGACAAAAUGUUAAACAAUGGUCUCGCAACAUCGUUCAGUAUCAGAAACGUACUAAAGAACCCGAAGAGUAUGUUGAAGAGACAAUUUGUAAAGAGAAAAUUGUUGCACCCGCCAUAUCCGAUGAUGUUAGCAAGCAGCUGAAAGAGCAGUUGGAACUUUUGAAAAGUGGGCGAAGGCAACAGCCAUUAAUUGAAGCCAAUAAAGAUAAACCAACAGAAACAGGUGCAGAAAAACUUCCACAAGAAGAAAAUGAACCCAAAAGCCCUAAAGGAAAUGCAGAAGAGGAAAAACAAGCUAAAACUCUAUCCUGCUCUUUGGAAGAAAGUGCCAAAACAAUUGGUUUAGAUAAUGACGAUUGGCAACCUAAUUUAGAAUCCACACCAGAGAAACAACUGAAUACAAUACAGUCGAAUGUACAUCCCACGAAACUACUGGCCUCCGAUGAGAAAACGGAAAAAAGCAAUGAAGAUGAGUCAUCUUCUGUGUAUGGUCAGAGUUUUGAUAAACCUCUUAAAAGUGGCUUAAAUUUCUUGGAUAUGCUUAUGAGUAAGGUUGGUAGUAGCGUGCCGGGCUCAAGUAGUCUUGGCAAAAGAGAACCACAAUUAUGCAAAUCCUCCUCCAGUGAAACCAUUACGCAUCAGCAACACAGUGAACAUUCCCUAGAUUCCUCCGAUGGAUUUUUGGGCUUUGAUGAUAAUGAUCGCAUACCGGGCAUGUUGAUGACACCCAUUGUACCGAAUUCCAUCCGAAGCAAUAAUUCGAUAUUUGUUAGUGAAACGUUAAAUGAGUAUAUGCGACAAAAUGAUUUGGAGACAGAUUACAACAUUGAUAAAGAUAAAUCAUUUAAGCGUAUGCAAUCGUUGCCGGCCGAUUUGGAAGGACUGAUGACACCAAAAACUCAGCCACCCCAUUUGGAUAUGCCUGCCGUACCAGAUAAUCUUCUACGCUUUCGUACAGUGGCCGAACGGAAAAGUUAUUUACAAAAAUUCGCCAAAAAUUCCCGCCUAUCAAUUAUCAACAACGAAGCUUGUAUUUAUCGUGAGCUGCAAAAAAGGAUACGUUAUCAGAAAUGUAAACCAAAUAGCCAACAAUUGACGGCCCAAUCGAAUAGUUCUUCAAUGUCUUUUACCCGCAAUGGCUGGAUGGCAGCAUCAUUUAUUAACACCGAAUUCAACAAGUACUAUUAUCAAAUGUUAGAUGUGGAUGGAGGCCAGCAUAAAGUAAAGCUGAGAGGUGUUCGUGGCAAUAAUGAUGAGUUUCGUAAGAAACCCUAUAUUAGUGUGGUUAAAAAUCCAAGCAAAACAUGUCCCCGCUUGUGUGUUGAUGAGGAUAUGUGGCAGGACUUUAAGGUCAUAAAAACUGUGUCACCCAAGUCAAGGAAAUUGAAUAAGGAACCCCUACCAUCGGUGUUCAAACCCUGCCCCUUAUCCCACAAGACAUUCCAAAAACCCUUGGAUGAUGAUGCUGCAGCUCUAUUGCUGGCGGGUGGAAGUAUGGCUGUGGUGCGCAUGCCCACAGUGGAAUUAGAAGUUUUCCCUGAAUGUGGAAAGCCUUUGAAUGAAAUAGCCAAACGUUAUUUGCAAUAUAUAUUACCACAUCAUGAUAUUUCACGAGAAUGGGCAGAAUUUAGUGUUUCCACGCUCAAGUUACCGGGCUCCCUAAGGGAUGCCGUCAAGGCUGCCACCGAUAGUAUACCAAGGAAAUCCUUUACCUUUGUAAUACCCUAUUUAAAUGAUCGCAAUCAUGUAUUGGUACGCCGGGUAGUUGAUCGUUCUGAAAAACUAGAUGAAUCUUUCGAACAAUGUUUAGAUACAGAACUGGUACCAAAAUCCGAUUUCACAUUCCGUCAAAACUUGGACACCACCAGCACCGAUGAUGUGCUGUUAACGUGUGCCGAUGUGGUCAGCGAUAUGAUUAACACCGUUGCCAUUAGCUGUAGUGAGAAUUCGUUUAUAAAAGACGAUCCGGAUGUGAUAAAUGAAGAGCCCAGUGAUUCGAAAUCAUCAUCAACAAUAUCAUCGAUAAAGACUGAAAAACUAAAUCGCCCAUCGUCGGCUGCUUCAAAUAAUAGCGAGACUAAAAAGCGAACAAAACAAAAUCGAGUAUUAACCGAGCUGAAGCGACUUAAUGCCACCAUAAUAGAUGCUGCGGUUAAACCGGAAAAAGAAAAAAAGCCUUGUAAUUUCGAAUAUUGUGCAAUGGGCUGUGUGUGCGAUAGCUUGGCAGAAGAAUCACAUGUUCGGGAACAUUGUGGCAAAACGAAAUGCAUGUGGGAGUGUACAUGUAAAACAUCGAAUCAGUCAAGGAUUCUACGUCUUGAAACCGAUGGUCGUACAAUAACCACAGAGGAUGCCUUUAUGUUAAGACGGAAAGCCACCGCUCGUUUGGCACGCAUGGAAAAGGAAUUCACCUCCACUGUUGUUUUAACGGGAAAUGAAACGCUGCUCAUCAAUGAGACAAAUAAUGAUAAGAAACGUCGCUGUACCAAGGCACCCAAACGCUAUGAGUACUAUGACGAUGAUACCGAUGAUGAGCUAAGGAAAAAUUCACCCAAAAAGACUGCCCUUACAACGAUUGAUAAUGAGAAAAAUCUAGCUGUUGAAGUAAAAGAAAUACGUGAACCUGUCUAUAUACAAGACACAGUAUUGGAACAGCUAAAACAUUGUACGGUCAAUCUAGUCAGAUUAAAGGACAUGGAUAAUGUUGCACCCUGGUGUUUGAUACACAACUUGUAUAAAUGCUUUUGUAAAGGCAAAGCUUUGGAGGGUAAACCCAUGGUUAUUGAAAAAGGUGAAAAUAAUACAACCAUAGAGCAUGGCGAAGGAGGUGACUCAACUAUGCUGUUAACAUCCACGGAUUAUAAGGCAAGUUCCAAAGCUCGUUAUACCUUUGAAAAGGCGGAGAAAUCCAAGAAAUCCAAUGAUAUGGAUGAUAGUGAAGAAUCAGGGGAUAAUAAUUCAUCAUAUGAACAUCCGGUACCACCUCCAGCAAAACAGAGGAAAGGUGAACAUUUGAAGUCUAGAAAUGAUGACCAACCCCAUAAACACAUGAAGGAAAAACGGGAACCGUAUAGGGAAAAAGAGAAGGCUCAUAAAUCAUCUUCUCUCAAAGAAGCAAAACAACAGCCGCCAACAUCUUCUAAACAUUCACGAUUAGCAGCCAAAGAUAACGAAAAUGAAGAGCAAACGGAAAAACCCAAACGUAGUUUGGAAGAGGUUCGAGAACGCUUCUUUGCCUCGAGGCCAGAUUCGUGUAGACGGCAAAUACCCAUACCAAGGCGUAUGUUUUUGUACUGUAAUCGUAAGAGAAGGCUAAACGUUUUGAAUUACAUCAAAGAAAAUGAAACUGAGCAAACUCGUUUGCUAUUAAAUGAACAUGUCAUGAGAUCUGUUUAUUAUCACAAGGCUGAUAAUGAAAAGCUACGAAAACAACAGGAAGAGGUGAAUAGAGCUAAGGCGAAAGAUUCGGAAAAGCCUAGAAAGCAACAAUCAGAAUCACAUAAAAAUAAUGAAAAGAGGGAAGCUGCAGUUGCUGAUUCUAAGGCUAAUGAAAUAUCCUCAAAAACUGAAGUUAAUGAGUCGCCACAAAUCCCAGAUAUUGUCGAUCUCAUUGAUGAUGACGAAGACGAUGGACUGUCAAAGGAAGAUACUCAAAUUAAUGAUAACAUGGAAGUUGAGGAUAAUGCUAAUGGAAGCACCAAACAAGAUCCACUGGCACAACAAGAUUCAGUUAUAAGAAUGAGAGAAUUUGCUACUCUAUCCAGCUUAAAUAUGGGAGAGAAUAAUGAGUCAACAACGAACCUAAACAGUCCUGCAGAUAAGCCAGAUUUGAUGUUCCCCAAAAUUUCCAGUUGUUUUUCUUUGAAUGCCAAGGCAAACAUCACAAAACCCUUGGCAGGUUCAACGGCGGAUGCACAAAAAUUAAAACAGUUGGCAGAUUUAACAUCGGUUACGAGUGUACAUUCCACCACACAUGAUGCUGCUGCCGCCAGCAGCUCUCAAAAUCAGCCACCCAUGGAGGCCGUAACCCAAACACCUGCAACUGCCAUGACAGAUCACUCACAACUCUCCAUGGUCGUGGAUAAUGAAAGUGUACAUGAUGUCUGCAACAGUGUCAUAAGAACCAUGAACUCAUAUGUUAGUAAAAAGAUGCAAGAAAUCGAUUUCGCUCUGCGACGUGAAAGCCACAUCAUACCUGCCCCCAGUACCGAUAUCCUGUGCAUAAUGAAAUGGUCGAACUUUUUGGAUGCCUUCAAUCAGGGCUUUGCCUUUAUAUGGCAAGUAAAAUCGAAAGAAGGUACCUAUUUGGUGGCUACCAUACGAAAUAUGAUGCCCAUGAUAUGUGAUGCAAUGGGUGUGGUAAAUAUUACGGCCCUCAAACCGGACAGGGUGCCGCUGAUGGCUAAAAUGCUCUUACACAAUGUGAAUAAUGAGCAUACCACGAAGUUGGCCAUUGUCAUGCAGGGAAAGUUCACAUAUUGGAUAGUAAAGGGUUUCCUCAGGGCCGAUCCGGUAAUGGCUUGCUAUAAACCAACACCGGAGACACAUCCAUCGUUGACGAAGAAAAUAAACAUAUUAUGUACAUCGUUGGUCAAACAGCGGCAAAAAGAGGAGAAGAAAAAACAGCAGAUGCUAAGCAAAAAAUCGAAUUCCAUAGAGUCGCCGGUAACGAGAGUAGAAAAUGCUAGUGGAGUUGGAAUUCCACAGAUGACAUUGAUGGAGCCGGUCACCAUGACUGUAACAUCUCCCAUAACACCCCUGCCGUCAUAUUCUGGUCCACAUCAAACGGUGCAGCCAAUAUAUCAAACACAAAAGCCAGCGGUAGCAGCAGCCCCACCACCACCACCAUCCUACAAUGCUCAACCAACUGCUGUAAUUAGCCCCCAGAUAAUAGCAGCUUUUCCCGCUAACAAUAAUAAUAAUAACAAUGUAGGUCCCAUAACGACUUUCGCUGAGGGAUCUUCUCGAAAGCGAAAAUCUGCCAACGACCUUACCAUUGCGAAUGACAUAAACUCACAAAAAAUUGAUUCAUAUGCCAAAAUGAGUACCAAUAUUGAAUUUCGUAAAGUCACACCACAUGAUGUCAAUGAAAUUCAUUUGCCGCACGAACACAAAGAGAAUCACAAAUGGUUGGUCUUGGACCUGCACAACGACUUUUCACAUAUUUUUGUACCCGAUUUUCGUGAUCUGGUAUCGCUGGAUCGCAUACAGAAAGUUAUAAAUUUUGCCAAACAAAAAAAUAAAAUUGUCAAACUGCAGUUUUUUCAAAAUGCCCCCUUCGAUGCCUUUGUUACACCCAAAUCGGGUAGGAAAAUCUAUUUCGGUCCGCUCAACAUGAAUAUGAAACCACCCACUCUCAUACUUUUGCAAAGUGUUGAUGGUCAGAUGAUGUUACGUGAACUGUAUCAAUUGAAACACAAUAUACCGACUGUGCCGGAAGAGAGGACCAAGGCGUUUUGGUUGCUACAAAUGAAUGGUCAGACACAUUUUGAACUGGAGCCAACAACGACAGCAUAUGCGGAAAAUUAUAUAAAGACAACAAUUGAUAAUGGCCGAGUGGAAGAAACCACCAGCGGUCGUCAGACGGAUGUCAUGAAGAAUGAUGAUGAUGACGAUUGUAUGAUUGUCGAUGAAGCGGAUAAUAGUAACUUGGCAGGGGGCUCCACUCAAACCCAACAAGGUGGAGGAGCAGGUUAUAAAUAUUUUACAAUCUCCUCAGUGGCCAAUGAUUUGCAAAUAACGCCGACAACAACAAUUGGUGGUGGCAUGGUGUCAGCCACUACUGCAACACCCGCAAUUGUUGCAAACAAUUCCCUAUUAAAGUUGCCCCAUGCCAACACAGUAAUACAAUCCAUAGUACCAAUCCCUCCCAUAGUAACUUCAGCAGGACAACAGCAAUUUUUAAAUAUAAAUUCAAAUCUAAAUAGCGGCGUUUUGGCACCACUUCCACCAACUGUGACCCAUACAUCUACUGCGACGGUCGGCAAUGUUUAUCUUUCACCACCAGCAGCCGACAACUCGAGAACAAUGCCAAAUAUAAAUCCGAUCAAUAAAAAUUCCCACACUGCGCCAGCAGCAGUUACAAAUCAACAGAUAUUAAAAACCCCUGCAACAACGACAACAACAACAACAAGUAUUGUUAAGCCGGUGUCCAGUACCGUGACAGUUCCUGUCAGCAGUAGUAGCGUUACAACAUUUACCCAGCAACCCAUUGCCCAAAAGAGACGGCGUGUCUCCAUCGUCUGUCAGAAUCCAUUUGAUCGAGUUUCGCAAAAUAUUGCCGUGAGCGCGGUCAUAAAUAAAAUAUUGCCGGAAAAUAUUCAAGAUAUACAGGUGAAUCAGCCAUUGAGUACUCUGAAAAGCGUAUCGACAAUUGGUUCAACAACCAUUACAAAACUAAGUGAUAAUGUACAGCAUCAGACUAAUGCAGGCACAACUACGGUAUACACAAACAACUCAAGCACCUUUAAAUCGCCAAACACAAAUAAUCCAAACACAUCAAAACCUUUGGUAUUCGAUGUUAGUUUCGUUGAUGGCGAUGAAGAGCCAGGGGCCUCGAUUGUCAUUAAACCCAAUAGUUCGCCACAGAAACCGGUCAGCGCAACAACUACUGCUACCACAAAGAUCCAAAUUUCCACUGUAACACCCCCCUCAACAGUUCCACUUCCGGCAGCAAAAUUCUCAAUAAAACCAGCCCGAAGGGAUCAGUAUAAAGUUUUAAAAUUACCCACAACUUCAUUGCCGCUUAACUCCAAUGUCCAGACUCAAAAUAAGUCGCUAUAUACCAAGGCGAGUACCAGCCUACUGACCACCAGUACAACUAGUACCAGCACUGCAACGCGAAUAUUAAAUAGUAAUUUAAAUUCUCCAACUGCCACAUCCUCUUCUUCACCUGCUUCUGCUUUGCCAAAGAAAGUUCUAAACACAACGAAUCCCAUUAAAAUUACGGGUAUAUCAUCGAUAGCUUCACAUAAUUCCACAAUUCAAUUAAUACCAACUUCGUCAGUACGUAUUGCACCAAAGUCAACAGCUACAAUGGCGACACAAAGCCAAACAAUUAACUACACCUCUGUCCCGUCUGUAAAAUCCAUAACAAUAACCCCAACAUCAACUUCUACAAGUGUUACAUAUUCGAAGAUACAACCUGCCAUCACUCCAGCUAUAAACAAUACAGCAGCAGCAGCAGCAGCAGCAAGACAACUAGCAUCAGUUACAAAUGCCACAACUACUGCGGUAAUGGCAAAACAAUUACCGCCCUCAAAUAACACAACAGCCACAAUCACUUCAACACCGCCUCCAGCAUCGCCUGUAUCUAAUUCCAACUCAGGCCUAACCAUCACAAGUGUACAAUCCUUUGGAGUUUCACCAACUAAAAAGAAAGCCACCGCAACAAUAAAGGCAGCACCUAUUCACCAACAAUCCUCGUCCUCCUCCUCCUCCUCCGCCUCUACAGUAGUCUCUUUGUCAUCACCAACAAUAAAAAUUAGCCAACAAAGAAAUAUUCCUUCGGCCACUACAAAUGAUGCGAAUAACAGAACUGAAACCAACGACACAUCAUCACCAUCAUCAUCAUCAAGGGAACAAGCGCCGAUUGUCAUCGAUCGGACGGACAAUGUUGUUGGUGGUAUGGCUACAACAUUACCACCACACAUUCAGUACGGUUAUAUUGUAUCACCCAUCUAUACCGAUUGUAAAUUUGUAGCCAAACGUGUCAUGGAAGAGUUUUACGUUAAAGUACCCACAGUGGGUAUUUUGAAGUUGAUCGGUCUGGCAGCUGUCAACAAUUAUCUGAAUAAACACAUGCAGAAAUGUUCCAAUGAAAAUACCCAAGCUGGUGAUUGGAAAUUUGUGGCCGCCAGUAAAGCUGUACAAAUACAAAAUCAUCAAAAAUCCAUGCUGGUACGUAAAACCAAACCCGGAACAAAUGCAAAUAAAUUGUUGGAUAUGAAUAAAUCAUCUAAGGUUGUAAAUGUCACUUCCAUGAGUGAACCGAUAUUAAUAGACGAUUAAAUCGUAAAAACUGCCAUUGAUGGCAAUGAUGCAAA